CUUCUUUUGGAUGAAACUAUCUAUAUAUAUAUGAAAAUUAUUCUAAAAAAAAAAACACGUAAAAAAGUUGGGGCUCCCUUUUAUUAAGCGGCAGGCUUGGGAAUUGUUGACCACACUCUCAUCAUCUAUAUUCUAUCUCUUUCUUAUCUUCACUGUUUUAUCUUUUCAUUCGGAUUAAAUUAAAAAUAUAUUUUUUCUCCAUAAUUUCUACUCUUAACUCUCAUGAAUUAUUGGUCUCUCUAUAAUAGUAUUCUAAGUAACAAUCUAAUUGUACGGAUGUCUCUUGAGAUGUUGAAGAAUUAAGAAUUAAGAAAGAGGGAGAAUGAAUUUUGAGGAUCAAGAAGAAGAUAUGGAGAUGUCAGGUGUUAAUCCCCCCGGCGGUUACGACUCUCUGAGCGGCGAGGGAGCCACGUCUAGCGGCGGCGGUGGAGGAGGAGGAAGGAAUAAAGGAGUUGGAGGGAAGUUGAGGUAUAGAGAGUGCUUAAAGAAUCAUGCUGUUAACAUCGGCGGCCACGCCGUGGACGGUUGCUGUGAGUUCAUGCCUUCCGGUGAAGAUGGUACGCUCGACGCUCUCAAGUGUGCAGCUUGUGGCUGCCACCGGAACUUCCACCGCAAGGAAACCGAAAGCAUCGGCGGUAGAGCCCACAGAGUUCCCACGUACUACAACCGCCCGCCGCAGCCGCAUCAGCCGCCUGGAUAUCUUCAUCUAACAUCUCCCACGGCCACAGGGCAGCCUAUAAGGCUGCCCGUGGCGUCCGCGGACGAGGAGAAUACAUCAAAUCCGAGCAGCAGCGGCGGGACCACCGCAAAGAGGUUUAGAACAAAAUUCACGGCGGAGCAGAAGGAGAAGAUGUUAGCCUUUGCGGAGAGAUUGGGGUGGAGAAUUCAGAAGCAUGAUGACGUUGCGGUUGAGCAGUUCUGUGCGGAGACUGGUGUUAGGAGACAAGUGCUUAAAAUCUGGAUGCAUAACAACAAGAAUUCUCUUGGUAAGAAACCCUAAUUUUACUCAAGAUAUGAUUUAAAACACUAGAGGAUCAUAAUUGGCAAGAAAUUUCUUUUUUGGUAUGACUCUUCUGUAACUACUUCUGCUUAUCAGUUGUGUUCUUUUCUCCUGGACAUAGUUUCUUCUUUUAGUUCAUAAUCGUAUCUAGUGGUUUGGGACAGUUUAGGACACAUUGUGGUUAAUCUUCAUUAACUUUGGUUCGAUUAUAGUGGUUAAUUAAUUCAUAAAUUUACUGA